AUGGACAUCUUGGUCAUCUGGCGCAAGAUCCUCCUGAAUGAUGACGUUGAGCUGCUUGAGGCGUUGCGCGAUUCGAUGAUCUGGCGUGAAGGCGCCUCUGAAAGCUCACUGCAGUCGACUUUAGAUGCUUCUACUCAACCGGCGAGGCCGGCUAGCGUGAUACGACAUGAACUGGGCUAUGAAGCUGGGAUCACAAAGGCUACUUGCGAUUUUGAGGCUGCUCAGGGUGUCUCUCAGGCUCAAUUGGCCGAGCUGUUUUUCGACUGUUACGAGAAUGGCACUGGCGUCUACUCGUACAUCCAGGCCAACUACCAUUCUGCCUUGAAGGCAGCUGAUUUUCGCACACUGUUGCGAAACCUCACAGGUCUGCGAAGGUUCCGAGGUCUGGCGCUCGACGGUGCCACAAUCUUGGUGCCGGUGCACAACACUCUUGUCUUUUUGGCCGUCAUAACGGGUCGGUUUCGUGUAGCUGAGCAGCUUCUUCGGAUGCGUCAGUUCGACAUCAUUCCAAUGUGUGUUUUGACGUCCCUCAUCUUGCGCAGGCUUUAUCAUGAGCCCGGCUUUCCUGAUCAGGUGAGUUGGAACGACAUCCUCCGCCAUUUUUCUCUUCAAUUGUCUCGAGUCCGUCCAUAUUAUUCGUCCUACUUCAUCAUACUUUAUUUAGAUGGUGCUGGCUGUCGCAAAUACAAUGGUUAUUUGCUGGGCCGCCCAGCCAAAUCAUGA